AUGCAGCGCCGCUUCGAUCGUAAGUCUUUUGAUAGGGACGCUUUUGAGACGGUGCUGCGACGCCGGUUUUUUCUUGCGCCCGCGUUUGAAAUCUAUGGCGGUGUUGCGGGUUUGUUUGACUACGGGCCCCCGGGGUGCGCCAUGAAGAACCAUCUCAUCCAGUUAUGGCGGGAUCAUUUUGUUGUGGAGGAGGGCAUGCUGGAGAUCGACGGACCGACGCUGACACCUGAUCCGGUUUUGCGAGCCUCUGGUCACGUUGAUCGUUUCCAGGACUACAUGGUUCGCGAUCUCGACACGGGCGCCUGUUACCGAGCUGACCACCUGCUGCGGGAGACCCUGGAGAACCGCAUAGCCGCGAUGGAUCGGAAGCGCACCGAUGUACAGGAAGACAGGCUGCGAUCAGCAAUGGAGACCUGCUUGCAGAGGAUAGACGAAAUGAAUCAGGAGCAAAUCGCUGCUGCAUACCAGCAGUUCGAUAUCCGUGCACCAGAGUCAGAUGCACCACUUUCUGCUCCAUAUCCAUUUAAUCUCAUGUUUCAAACACAGAUAGGACCGACGGGAACGAUACCAGCAUAUUUACGGCCAGAAACAGCCCAAGGCAUCUUUGUGAACUUUCGUCGCCUCCUGGACUACAACAACGGACGCAUGCCGUUCGCGUGUGCGCAGAUCGGUCUCUCCUUCCGGAACGAGAUAUCUCCGCGAGCAGGUAUUCUGCGCGUGCGAGAGUUCGCUCAGGCUGAAAUCGAACAUUUCGUUCAUCCGGAUCGGAAGGACCAUCCAAAGUUCAACCUUAUCGCUGACCUGGAGCUGAUUCUGCUCCCACGGAAGGAGCAGCACGCCGCUCGCUCUCGAGAACAGAUGACAACCGUGCUUCUUCGUGCGGCGGAAGCAGUUCGCCAAGGCAUUGUCGACAACGAGACGCUGGCCUACUUCAUCGCGCGAACGCAACAAUAUGCCCAAAUGAUUGGGAUUCUGCCCAAUCAUAUGCGUUUUCGACAACAUCUGGAGAGUGAAAUGGCCCACUAUGCCCGGGAUUGCUGGGAUCUCGAAGUGGAGACCUCGUACGGCUGGGUGGAGUGCGUUGGCCUCGCGGAUCGUGCCUGCUAUGACCUGCAGGCGCAUUCCGCGGCUUCCAAGGUGGAUCUGGUCGCCUAUGAAAAGUUCGACGAGCCACGUGACGAGACGUUCCUCCAAAUCACACCGCUCAAACGGGUUAUUGGAACGAAGUUUCGCGGUGAAACACCGCAGGUUUUGGAAGCCAUCGAGAAACUGGGCGAAACCGAGCGUGCACAGCUUCAGCAACAGCUCACUGACCAGGACCAAGUUCAGCUGGGACCCUACGUCAUCACACGGGAAAUGGUGACGAUCGAACGGGUGAAUCGCAAGAUUCACGGCCGCAGUUACUGUCCCAGCGUCAUUGAGCCCUCGUUCGGCAUCGGGCGACUGUUGUACUGUGUUCUGGAGCAUGCGUUCUACAAUCGAACCGGUGGCGAUGAAUUGCGCACCGUGUUAGCCUUGAAACCGGCAAUUGCACCGGUGAAAUCCGUCGUCCUGCCGUUGAGCAAAAAUGAGGUAUUCGAACCCGUGAUACAGGCCGUCUUGCAUGCGCUCGCAAAAUGCCGUCUGACGGUGCGCCUCGACGAAAGCAACGUGUCCAUCGGGAGGCGAUACGCACGCGCCGAUGAAAUCGGGGUGCCCUUCUGCGUCACCAUCGAUUUUGAUUCGCUGGUGGAUCACAGCGUCACGCUGCGUGAACGGGAUUCCAUGGAGCAGGUACGCGGCUCCGUUGGGGAUGUGGUGCGCGUGCUUGUCGAGCUGGUCACUGGAGAGCGGAGCUGGACGGAGCUGGUCUCCACGGAUCCGAGCCUGAAACCGUUCACCGGUCAACAGAGUACGAGUGCUGUCGAGGAUGGCACGGUUUGCGAGAAACCUACGCAAUCGGCUUGA